AUGGUAAACAACGCCGCAAGACUCGCUUCUUCUAGGAUAGGUAACUUACACUUGACCUCACAGAACUCCAAGUCACUGCGCCGUCUCGCCGCGGACCAUGGUUCGCUCCACACCGCCGGGCUACCUCCGAACUAUCUCUUCCCGCCUUCGCAAACAGCCGAUCCACUCUCCGACCUAACAUCGCUCGACAUCCUGCUCGCAGGCCCCGUUGGCACUCCCUAUGCGCACGGCGUCUGGCGACUUCACCUCGAUAUCCCUCCUACAUACCCUACAGCCCCGCCCACGGCUACUUUCCGCACGCGGUUAUGGCAUCCAAAUAUCGACGAAGCAACAGGCGCCGUAUGCGUGGAGACGCUAAAGCGCGACUGGAGCAGCACACUUAAGCUGCGGGAUGUCUUGGUCACUAUCUCUUGCUUGCUUAUCCAGCCGAAUCCGGCGAGCGCGCUCAAUGAAGCUGCGGGGAAGUUGGCGAGCGAAGACUGGGAUAGCUUCUGCCGGAGAGCGAAACUCAUGACGGAGAUACAUGCAGCUAUUCCUAGCAACAUCGUGGAGGAGGUCAACAAAGCUCAGAGCAGGGGUGAUGAGAAGGAGGUCGUAGCCGAAGCAAAAGCAGUCGAAUCCAAGAUCAAAGGGAAUGGAAAGGCUAAGGCGACACUGACGGCAACGAAAGUCCGCCCAUCAAGUAACGAAGACGAGGAGAACCUGCGGCAUGAGAACACGAACGCGAAGCUAGAAAGUGACCCGGAGGACGAUUGGAUACCAGGGCCUCUCAAAUCCUCGCACACACCUCGUGUCGGGCGCAGCAACGUCUUCGGAAUCCAGGGUCUCGACUCGCCCGCAAGGCCAACAGUUACGCGUGGCUUCCAGCAGAAUGAUGACUCCAUUUCAUCAAUAGACAAGGAGAACGAUGAUACAGACCCCUUCAUCCAGGACCCGUGGAAACGCAUCGCUAAGCAGUCCUUCAGUCUCCGCCUUCCGUCCGAGCCAAAGCCUGCCCCCGACGUCACAGAUACUCCUGAACUCCUCAAAUUCUCCGACAAGAACCCUUUCUCCGCCAUACAGCCGAAUAACCAAACACAUCCUCUCCUCAGGGAGUUCUCGUGGUCGUGGGAAGAGUCUGAGAUCAUGCAUGAGACGGGCAGCAUCGCGAACGGAGAGUCCAAGGCGAAUGUACGGAAGAGGCUGGCUUCGGAUGAAUUUGAGAAGAGGCGCACGUGGGAGCUCAAGAAGUUCAAGAAAGCAGGAUGUGAUUUGAAGAAGUACAAUCGCGGCGACUUUGGUCCAAGAACAGGCAUUCACAGGCUGUGA